CAACCAUCGCGGAAAGGACGACGCCAGUUGCAUGUCGACGCCCAUCUCGCUCGCCGACCUCGAGCGCGCGAUUCUCUUCGCCUUCCAGUAUGCGGACGCGCCGCUAGCGGACGCCAGCGCGCAGACGAUCAAGGCCGACGCAGAGAUGUACUGCACGCACGCCAAGCAGACGAGCUACGCGCCUUUCCUCGCGCUCUUCCAGUCGUCGGGCCACGAGCAAGUCAAAUUCUACGCUCUCCAGGCGCUCCAAGAAUAUUUGAGCCCGCGCGGCGCCGCCUAUCCGGCGCUCUCGGAUGCCAUGGUGCUCGCGAUCCGGUCCGAGCUGCUGCAGUGGCUUCAGACCCAGCGCGAGCUGCCUGCGUACCUCAAGACAAAGCUCGCUGUCGUCAUUACGCUCUUGGUGCGGCGCGACUACCCCGAGCGCUGGCCCGGCGCAUUCCACGACCUGUUGUCGCUGCUGCCGCUCGGACCGUUCAUGGUCGAAAUGUACUUUCGCAUUUUGAUUGCGAUUUACGAAGAAAUCGUCGAGUUUGACGCGCAGCGCUCGAGUGCCGACGCCGACCACAACAUGCGCAUCAAGGAUGCGAUGCGGGAGGGUCCGACGGCGUGCAUUGCGCCGUCCUUCGACGUCAUUUACAAUGUCCUGAGCGCGUACGUCCCCGGUGACAAUCAGCUGCUCCCGCUUGCGAUCGGCGCGCUCGAGACGCUCGAAAAAUACAUUUCGUGGGUCGACAUUGGCCUCGUGUUGCGCUUUGUGCCAACGCUCUUUCAUGCGCUCGCGAAUCGCGACGACCUUCGCUGCAAGGCCGCCAACUGCGUCUACGAGAUCAUCGCCAAAGGCAUGCUGCCGGACAAGAAGCUCGCGCUCUUUCAAAGCCUCGAGCUCAUCCCGCUCCUCACGACGUUGCAGCCGAUGCUCGACGAGGAUGCCGACUUUUGCGAAGAAGUCGGCGAGGUCAUCAACGGCAUGGGCCUUGAGCUCAUCACGUGCAUCGACACGUUCCGCCAAACGAACGAAAGCGCCUUGUACCAGCAAGCGUCCGCGUUCAUGGCGACGCUAAUGCCGCUCACGUGGUUCCUCUUUGCCCACGAAGUGACCGAUGUGUCCCAAGAAGUCUUUGAGCUCGUCAACGCCAUGGGCAGUCUGCUCCGGUCCGAGUCGAGCGCGGAUCUCUUCACGCCGUCGCUGUAUUUGCCUCAAUGGCUCCAUGGUAUUUCCCGCCAAUUUCGGUUUCCUGACGAAGACGACGAGGUCGACGAGUCGGAGUUUGAGACGUACCGCCGUCAACUGCUCGCGAUUUUUGUCAACCUCGCCCGGCUUCGCCCUGAUGUCGUGCUGCAGUACCUCGGCACGCUCGUGACCGAGUCGCUCUCGCAGCUCGCAACCGGCUCGCUCUUAGACCGCGACCUCGAGGCGUGUCUCUGCCUCGUGCACCGCUUCAAGGAAGGUUUGACGACGAUCAAGGGCCCGCACAACUACGACGACGAAAACGGCCCGCUGCUGCAGAUGGUCCUCGCGCUGCACCACACGAUGCUCCACUUGCCGUCGUUUGGGUCGAUGGAAUACCGCCCGCUCAUCAUGUACUACGAACUCUGCGUGCGGUACGCGCCGCUCAUGCGCACGCACCCGGAGCUGCUGAGUUUGCUGCUCUCGCACAUCUUUGGCGCCGGCGGCGUUGGGCACCGCCACGGCACGCUCCGGUCGCGCGCCUGCUACCUCGUGCUCCGGCUGCUCAAGUCGCUCGGCAAUAGCGUCCAUCCGCAUAUGGAUCAGCUGCUCCAAGCCAUCGAGCCGCACUUGGUGGUGGUGCCCGAGGCCGCGUCGGCGCUGGCGUGGGCCGACCAAUUGUAUCUCUUUGAGCUCACGGGCUUCCUUGUCGGGUCGCUCCCGUUCAACGAGACGAAGCGCCAGUACGCCCAGAUUGUCCUCGGGCCGCAACUGACGCUGCUCGACCAGUGCUUGGGUGCGCCGCCGAGCGACGAGCUCGAGCUGCACAUGUCGCACGUGCUCAACGCGAUCGGCCAUUUGCUCAAGGGCUUCAAGGGCAAGUCGUCGCUGCCGCAGCAAGCCGAGGUGUUUCCGACGGUGCUCGCAUCCGCGGCGCGCGUGCUACUGGCGUACCCCCGCUCGCUGCCCGUUCGGUCCAAGGUCAUUUUCACGCUGCACCGCAUGGUGACGUUGCUCGAGCCCGAUGCGUUCUGCGACCGGAGCGACCUCCUGCUGGUGCUCAUGGAGCACUGCGACCCAAGCGACGUGAUCGAGGUCGUCCAGCUGCUCAACCAGCUCGUGAUCACGUACAAGACAGUUCCAGCGUUCGUGUCGCUCGUCGAAGCCACGGUCAUCCCGUUCCUGACGCACCUCGGCGCGCUCUUGGCGUCCGACCUCGCGCCCGAAGAUCGGUCGACGGUGCAAAAGCACAUGUACUCGUACUUGAUGCAUAUUGCGCAGCAUCGUAUUGCGACGGUCUUUGUCUCGGCGCGCAACAUGGCGUCGUUUCCCCAAGUGUUGCAGCUUGUCCUCGACGGGUUCAACUUGGAGCUCCACGUCGUGCGCGCGGCCGCCACGAUUGUCGAGCAUUUCAUUUUGCUCUGGUUCGACUCGGACGGCGACUCGAUGCCGCACCGCGACGUCGUCGGCACGUUCCUUCUCCGCGAUGUCGUGCCAGCUAUGUUUGGCGUCAUCCAGCACCAAGAUAUGAACGUGAACGACAUGGCCGCCCACUCGGCGAUCAAGGACAUUGCCAAGUGCCAAGUGCUUUUGCUCGAGUCGCCGCUGCACGAGCAGUUUCUGGCGACCCUCUCGGCGUACUUGGCGUCCGCGGGCGUCCCCCCCGCGAUCGUGCUAGGCUACAGCGACGCUGUCCAGUCCCACGACGUGGCCGUCAUCACCAAGGCGUAUAAGGCGCUUGUCCAGGCCAGUCGGGGGGGCUAACACCGCAACGACCUCCAACUGUAGUGCUGCCACCAUUAUCGCCGCCUUUAGCUAAUCUACCACUUUUGUUUUCGAGUCGCUACA